GCAUUGAUACAUUAACUAAUGCUAAUUAAUCACUUAGAAUGUGUAUUUUCACCUUUCUGUACAAUACUUUGGAGGAAAAAGAAAAAGAGAAACGUAUCUCCCGCGCUUUAUUUUUAGAUAGACUAUUUUCAACUACCGAAUGAAAAAAAAGGUGUGCCUAGUUCCCGAUUGUUCACGUGACUCACAGCAGCCAGUGUGUAAGUGACAGUGUUGCUUCAUAACUUGUAGUAGACCUCCUAAUGGAAGUCUACUGUUAACUACAAAUGAUAAACAUUUAAGUGAAAAAUGUCAAUUCUAUGAAAUGGAUAUUGCUUGACUUUUCGUCUAGGAAUCGUUAAUUCAUUUUACUUAUUAAUUAUUUUUUUAACGUUUAAAUUAAUUGAACUUUUAUGUUAUCAGCUUCGGUACUGUGAUCCCGGAAAAGCUUAGGUUUUAAAACAAAAUGGCGGAUUUCGAGGGUGCCUCGGAUUUGAGUGCUAACGAGCUCAAGUAUCUUGCUAUUGACCGUACUGUUAUCAAUGACCCUGCUGUCCAAGCAGAAUGGGCAUCGAAAAAACUAGUCUGGGUUCCAGACGAGACACACGGUUUUGUUGCAGCUUCCAUAAAGGGCGAAAAAGGAGAUCAAGUAGAAUGUGUUGUCGACGAAACCGGCCGAAAAAUAAUUAUCCACAGAGAUGACAUCCAAAAAAUGAAUCCACCCAAGUUUAAUAAAGUUGAGGAUAUGGCUGAAUUGACUUGCCUAAACGAAGCAUCAGUUCUUCACAAUCUGAAGGAUCGUUAUUACUCUGGUUUAAUUUACACCUACUCCGGCCUAUUCUGUGUGGUGGUGAACCCUUACAAAAAACUGCCCAUCUACACAGAGAAAGUGAUUGAGUUGUACAAAGGGAAAAAACGCCAUGAAGUCCCUCCACAUGUAUUUGCCAUUGCUGACACUGCAUACAGGAGCAUGUUGCAAGACCGCGAGGACCAGUCCAUUCUCUGCACUGGUGAGUCUGGAGCUGGUAAAACAGAAAACACCAAGAAAGUCAUCCAGUACUUGGCCUUUGUUGCAGCCUCCAACAGAACCAACAGGCAGUCCAUAGGUGCAGCCCAUAACCAGGAUGCAGGAAAAAUAGUUGAUCUCAAACAGAACAAGGAUUUCAACCUUGGAGAGCUGGAAAACCAAUUGCUUCAGGCCAAUCCAAUUCUAGAAGCUUUUGGAAAUGCCAAGACAAUCAAGAAUGAUAACUCCUCCAGAUUUGGUAAAUUCAUCCGAAUCAACUUUGAUUCAUCAGGAUACAUUUCUGGUGCCAACAUUGAAACCUAUCUUCUUGAGAAAUCCAGAGCUGUGCGCCAGGCGGAGAGUGAGAGGUCCUUCCACAUUUUUUAUCAGUUUCUCCAGGGAGCCAACGCGCAACAGAAACAGGAGUUCCUGCUGGAGGACUGGGGCAAGUAUUUGUACAUGACACACGGCAAGAUCCUGGUCACUGGGGUGGAUGAUGCUGCAGAGUUCAAGAACCUGACAGAGUCCAUGAGCAUCAUGGGGAUCUCCCCUGACAACCAGUCUGCUGUUCUUCGCACAGUCUCUGCAGUUUUACUUCUGGGAAACAUGCAGUUCAAACAAGACAGGAAUUCAGAUCAAGCUACUCUGCCAGACAACACUGUUGCCCAGAAGGCGUGUCACUUGUUAGGUGUCCCUGUCACUGCCCUCACACAAGCAUUCCUUAAGCCCAAGAUCAAGGUCGGCAGAGAUUUUGUUACCAAGGCUCAAACUAAAGCUCAGGUUGAGUUCGCUGUGGAAGCCAUCUCUAAAGCUCUGUAUGAGAGGCUCUUCAAAUGGAUUGUCACACGCAUCAACAAAUCUCUGGACAGGACCAAAAGACAAGGUGCCAGCUUCAUUGGUAUCUUGGACAUUGCCGGCUUUGAGAUCUUUAAGAUGAACUCCUUUGAGCAGCUGUGUAUCAACUACACCAAUGAGAAGCUCCAGCAGUUGUUCAACCACACCAUGUUCAUCCUGGAGCAAGAGGAAUACCAGAGGGAGGGGAUUGAGUGGAAGUUCAUUGACUUUGGCCUUGACCUACAGCCCACCAUUGACCUACUAGAGAAGCCUAUGGGAAUCUUGGCUCUGCUAGAUGAAGAAUGUGUCUUCCCUAAGGCCACAGACAAAACUUUUGUAGAAAAGCUUUUGGCCCAACACACCAGUCACCCCAAGUUUGAGAAACCAGAUUUCAGGGCAGAUGCAGACUUUAGUCUGAUUCACUAUGCAGAUAAGGUUGAUUACUCUGCUGACCAAUGGUUGAUGAAGAACAUGGACCCACUCAAUGAGAAUGUUGUGUCUAUUUUAUCCCAGUCUUCAGAUCCUUUUUACGUCAACAUGUGGAAAGAUGCUGAAAUAGUGGGUAUGGGAGCAGCUGCAGCCGUUGAUACAAUGUUUGGCUCACGUGCUCGCAAGGGCAUGUUCAGGACAGUCAGCCAACUCUACAAGGAACAACUGGCUAAGCUCAUGGCUACACUCAGGAACACCAACCCCAACUUUGUUCGAUGUAUUAUUCCCAAUCAUGAAAAGAAGGCUGGAAAAAUUGAUUCAGCAUUGGUCUUAGAUCAGCUGAGAUGUAAUGGUGUGCUGGAGGGAAUCAGAAUUUGCAGACAGGGAUUCCCCAACAGGAUUUUGUUCCAAGAGUUUCGUCAGCGCUAUGAGAUCUUGACUCCCGGUGCCAUUCCUCGUGGAUUCAUGGAUGGUAAAAAGGCAGUUGAAAAAAUGAUAUCAGUUCUAGAAUUGGAUUCAAAUCUUUUUCGCAUUGGGCAAAGUAAGAUCUUUUUCCGUGCCGGCGUGCUUGCUCACCUAGAGGAGGAGAGGGACCUCAAGUUAACAGAUAUAAUCGUCCAGUUUCAGGCUCUAGCUAGGGGCCUGCUGGCUAGGAGAAACUACCAGAAGCGCCUGCAGCAGAUUAAUGCUAUCCGUGUUAUCCAGAGGAAUUGUGCUGCCUAUCUUAAGCUGAGAAACUGGCAGUGGUGGAGGCUUUUUACCAAGGUGAAACCACUGUUAUCUGUGGCAGGCCAAGAAGAAAAAAUCCAUGAGAAAGAAGAAGAGCUGAAAAAAGUCAAAGACACAUAUGAGAAACAGAAGCAGGAAACAGAGGAGCUAGAGAGGCGCUACGCCCAAAUCAUCGAGGAGAAAAAUAUCUUGGCUGAACAACUGCAGGCUGAAACAGAGUUGUGUGCUGAGGCUGAAGAGGCAAGAUUGCACAUGAGCAAGCGCAAAGAAGAAUUAGAAGAAAUUUUACAUGAACUUGAGCUGAGGAUAGAAGAGGAGGAGGACAGGAGUACCCAGCUGAUGGAGGAGAAGAAAGCAAUGCAGCAAAGUUUGAAGGACCUCGAGGAACAGCUUGAAGAAGAGGAGCAGACGCGCCAGAAGUUGCAGUUAGAAAAAGUAACAGCUGAGGGUAAGAUGAAAAAACUGGAGGAGGAAGCUGCAGCUCUAGAUGACAUGAACCAGAAGCUCUUGAAAGAGAAGAAGCUGAUGGAGGAGAGGCUUGCAGAGGCCCAGCUUAAUAUGGCUGAAGAGGAGGAGAAAUCAAAGCAGCUUGGCAAACUGAAGAAUAAAUACGAAGCCAUUAUUGCUGACCUGGAGGAAAGGCUCAGGAAAGAACAGCAGGCUCGACAGGAACUUGAAAAAAUUCGCCGUAGACUGGAAACGGAGUUGGCUGACUUAAGAGACCAGUUAAAUGAGAAGAGGCAACAGGUGGAGGAACUCCAGGCACAGCUCUCUAAACGUGAGGAGGAGGUACAGGGAGCCUUGCAGAAGGCUGAUGAAGAGCAAGUGAGUAAAACAACCCUACAAAAGCAGAUGAGAGAGUUGCAAAUUCAGCUCCAAGAAAUGCAGGAAGACUUUGAUUUAGAAAAAGAGCAGCGCCUUAAAGCUGAAAAGCAAAAGAAAGACCUAAAUGAGGAAUUGGAAGCUUUGAGGGGUGAACUAGAAGACUCACUGGACACAACAGCUGCUGUACAAGAGUUGAGGACAAAGAGAGAACAGGAGGUGUCAGAGUUGAAGAGGAUGGUGGAGGGGGCACAGAAGGCACACGAGGAGGGUGUGCAGGAGCUUAGACAAAAAUAUACUCAACAAGUUGAACAAAUUAAUGAAGAAUUAGAGAAUGCUAAGAAGAUAAAAAUCAACCUUGAAAAAGUGAAGACUACCCUAGAAGCAGAAAACAAAGACCUAGAGAAUGACCUAAAAAGUGUUCAGAUGGCCAAACAAGAAUCAGAGCGCAAACGUAAGCAGGCUGAGACUCAGCUGGCAGAGAUGAGCAUCAAACUGGCUGAACUGGAGCGCAUGUCUGGGGACUCAACAGACAAGUCCAAAAAGUUGCAGACUGAACUAGAGCAAGUUAGUCAGCAACUUCAGAUAGCUGAAACAAAAGCUCUUCAAGGUCAGCAGAAGGCAUCCUCAUUUGAAGCUCAGCUUGCAGACUUACAGGAAACCCUUCAAGAUGAAACAAAACAGAAGCUCUCCCUGCAGUCUAAAUUACGUGCUAUUGAAGAUGAAAAGACAAGCCUAGAAGACAGACUAGAGGAGGAGGAAGAAAACAAAAGAGUGUACGAGAAACAGAUUCAAGAUCUCAACCAGAAGAUAAUUGAAAUAAAAAAGAAAGCGGAGGAGGAUCUGGCUAACAAUGAACAGCUGGAGGAGUACAAGAAGAAAUCUGCCAGGGACAUGGAACAAAUGGUCAAUCAGCUGGAAGAAAUGAGGUCACAGAAUGACAAGUUGGAGAAGUCCAGACGAAAACUUCAGGCUGAGGUUGAUGACAUGACAGUUGAGUUAGAAUCCCAACGAUCAAAUGUGUCCAAUGCAGAGAAGAAACAGCGCAAGUUUGACCAGAUGCUCGCUGAAGAAAAAGCUCUCAGAGAGAGAUUGGCUGCCGAGUAUGACCAAGUGGAGAAAGAGAGCAGAGAAAAAGAGACGAAGAUUCUCAACCUCCAGAGACACAUUGAUGAACUUCAGGAGAGGUCUGACCAGCAGGAGCGAGCCAGGCAACAGCUGGCUAGAGAGCUAGAGGACCUUAUCUCAUCUAAAGAUGAUGUGGGCAAAAAUGUUCAUGACUUGGAAAAAGCCAAACGAUCCUUGGAGUCUACAGUUGCUGAACAGAAACAACAGAUAGAAGAUCUGGAAGAUGAACUUCAAGCUGCUGAAGAUGCCAAACUUCGUCUUGAAGUUAACAUGCAGGCGCUGAAAGCUCAAUAUGACAGGGACGCUGCUGGCAGAGAGGACCAAGAGGAGGAGGCCAAGAAGUCUUUGUUAAGACAGUUGAGGGAAAUGGAAGCCGAGCUGGAGGAUGAGCGUAAACAAAAGGCCGUGGCUGUACAGAGCAGGAACAAGCUGCAGGGCACGUUGGCUGGACUAGAGCAGCAGGUGGAGAUGGCCAACAAGGUGAAGGAAGACGCGGUCAAGCAGUACAAGAAGAUAGCAGCGCAGCUCAAGGACUACCAGAGGGAGGUGGACGAGGCCAGAGUCUCAAGGGAUGAGGCUCUUGGUGCUGCCAAGGACAAUGAGAAGAAGGUCAAAUACCUGGAGGCGGAGCUGCUGAGGAUUCAAGAAGAACUGGCUGCAGCAGAACGUGCUCGUCGUAAUGCAGAGUCAGAGAGGGAUGAGUUGGCUGAUGAGAUUGGCAAUAGUGCCAGUGGCAAACAAGCUCUACUGGAUGAGAAGCGCCGUCUUGAGGCCAGAAUUUCUGAGCUAGAGGAUGAAGUAGAAGAUGAACACACCAAUACUGAACUGGCUAAUGACAAAGCUCGUAAAGCUCAGCUUCAGCUGGAACAAAUGAGCACUGACCUUGCGUCUGAGAGGUCAGUGAGCCAGAAACUGGAGAACCAGCGUCUGGCCCUGGAGAGACAGAACAAAGAGAUGAGGGACAAGCUGCAGGAACUGGAGGGGCAGAACAGGGCCCGCACCAAGGCCACAAUUGCAGCACUGGAGAGUAAGGUGGCCAACUUAGAGGAGCAGUUGGACCAGGAGGCCAAGGAAAGACAGAGCCUGUCGCGAGCCAACAGGAAGAUGGAGAAGAGAAUGAAAGAACUGGCUCUACAGGUGGAGGAUGAGAGGCGAAGUGCUGACCAGUAUAAGGACCAGGUUGAUAAGAUCAACAACAGAGUGAAAGCCCUCAAGAGACAGUUGGAUGAAGCUGAAGAAGAAGUUGCCAGGUCUAGUGGUCAGAAGAGAAAACUUCAGAGAGAAUUGGAUGAACAAAUGGAAGCUAACGAGGCCAUGAGUAGAGAGAUGACCACUCUUAGAAAAUACAGACCAUCUGCAUCCCGUUCAUCCCGGUCUGUAAUGUCAACCCUGCGUGGUGGGUCGGAUACAACACUGGAUGAACAGGGAUCCGAGGACGGCCAGGAAGAGCAACAGUCUGAGACAUAAUCCAUGUGUAUCCAUCAUCCAAGUUUGACACCACUUUGCUGGUCAAAGCUUGGCUAAAUUAUGUCUUGUCUAUAUACAUGUACGGUUACUUGUCAUAUUUAUGUGUGCAUUAUUCCAUUGUUUAACUUACUACUAGCAGGUGAUAUAUCUUUUCUAAAGGUUUGUAGCUGUAGAAGAAAUUCACUAAGGACAGUCUGUACUGUUCAAACUUGUAUAGAGUUGCUGUCAAUUUAGACAGAACUCAUUUCUACAUUCUGUUUCUCUUGUAAUAUUGGAAGCAUAUAAUUUUAUAAACAUUUUUGAUGAAUGUAGUUGCCACAAGCAAACAGCAUUAGACCCAAUGAGUUGAUCUAUAGAAGAAAUGAAUGUGUAUAUACGACUCUGUCCCAGUACGUGGGCUGGUUGUUGUAGUUUGACUGGUCUCUCCUGGGGUGUCUCUCUGUUUGUCUGUCACUAGCUGUCUGUUUAUUGACCUGUUGUGCUCAUUCCACUAGCAAGUAUUGACUGUUGUCUGACCAAGGUUUGACUGGGGAUGGGUGCUCUAUACAAUUCUAUAAUCCUAGUGUAUGGGAUUUCUCUGUUCUAAUCUAGCACUGUAUUCUCUUAUUGUAGGCUAUACAACAUAUGGAGCCAAUGUAUUCACUUAGCAUAAUGUUACUUGGACCCAACAUGAUUUAAUGCUCAGUUGGGCCUAGGCCUGGGUCUCUUCAACAUUGUUCAUUCAUUUAUUAUAGGCCAGGUAGAGCAACACUUGGGCCCUGCUCUAUGUACGUCUUUGUCCUGCUGUAUGUAGGACCAUACGUCUUUGUCCUGCUGUAUGUAGGACCAUACGUCUUUGUCCUGCUGUAUGUAGGACCAUACGUCUUUGUCCUGCUGUAUGUAGGACCCCUACGAGUCUCUUGGGGGCCUGGGUUCUGUUACUGGCCUGGGGUUAACAUAUCUUUAAAAUUGGGAUCAAACAGAGCUAUCAGCUACACUUGUUACUGCUUGAUGCAAUUCUUCAUAUCUACUGCUUUGCUGAACUUCCAAAUAAACUUUGAACCCAUU